CAAGAUUUACGUUUGAAUAUGUGUAUGAUCUCAUCAUAAAAUAUGUAAUUUCCACAUUUGAUGUCGAUAUGGUGGUGGGGAUUAUAAAAUAAAAAGAAUUUUAAAAACGUUACUCUCAUCAGUUGCUCAUUGUUAGCGGACAACUCUUGAAAAAUACGAGAGAAAUGGCGAACUACUUUCCAAUCCAAACCGAAGCAUGCGAGAAAUCAACAUUGCCACACACAUCAAUGAACUACUAUAUUCCGAUCCAGACCGAAGCAUGUGAGAAAUCAACGCCACCACGAUACACAUCACACAUUUUGGGGAGAAGGUUUGCACUAACUCCUACAUCUUAUAAAUGGUUGGAUAUCGGAAUCAACGCAGGAUCUAUAUCCUACGUGGAAUUGGUGCUGGGUGACAACUGCGGAAAUCAAAUUGCUCUGCCUUAUAAAACGUGGAGAUCGUUGAUUGAGAAACGUAUGGACAUCGAGGGACUUAUGCAGUCAAAAACGGCUCCAUUAUUGAUUCACGAACUGAUUGUGCAGCAGAUUAAACUGCGUGAAGAACAUAUUAUAAAAUUAACAUUACACAAUACUUAUAUUUGCAUGAAGCCUGCAACUGUGUCAUUUAUGUUUGAACUUGAGCAUUGUAUUGAACAUGUAUAUUUCGCACUGUGUCAGAAUAUGAAUAAUGUUACUGACAAAUAUAAAUAUUUUGUAACUUACUUGCGUCAGAAUUGCAUCACUAAUAAAAACGAUGCAGUAAAUAUUUUGCGAAAAAUUUAUGAUAAAAGUUCACAUAUUGAAUGUGAAUUAAUAGCUUAUGCUUCAGAUAAUAUUGCAUACGAUUCGCUAAAUGCCACAAAUAAAAUAUUAUAAUAUGUACAAAUGUGAAUAUUGCAUACGAUGUGUUAAAUGAUAAAUAAAAUGUUAUAAUCAUGUUAUGUGCAAAUUUGAAAUAAUAAUAAAAAUGUGUAAAUUGAAAUUGAACUUUUGAUUAUUUUUCCUAUCCUUAGCGAAUGAGGCUGAUAGCUAUUCAGUGUGGUACAACGUGGUUGUCACAGCUGUGACAAUGACUUGAGUUUCUUUUGUUACCAAGAACUCAGUUGUAAGAUGAGUAUUAAAUUACUACUGUCAAAGGUUUUUGACUGUGGGAUUUAACAUCUCGUAGAUAAAUCACGUACAUUUUGUACUAUAAAAUGAUGGGCUGCGCUCCUUAGCGUCAGUCAUAAGGGUUGGACUGUCGUCGUCGUCGUUUGUAUCUCGUGUGCAUUAAAAAAUUGUCUCACGAACAAAAAAUGGCAUACUUACGAGUAAAAUACCCAUGUAAUGGAGUAAGUAUAUUUAUAAUAUACUUAAUAUUGUUUGAAUAUACUAAACGACUGAUUGAAUAUACUAAUAUACUGAAUAUUGUUUCGUGUCACUAGUAGAAUACAUGUAUUUUUUAAUAUUUUAUUAAAUAAAAUUUUAUACUUUACAGCACAUUAGAGUUGGAACCGAAAAAAUUGUAAACCAGGUGUCUCUUCAGAGAGAGAUAUUACUAAAAUAUACACCAGCACAGGUAUUGUUUUAUGAUAUUUAUAUAUAUUGGGUUUAUAUUACACAUUAUAAUGCUUCUUUUAUUUUUCCAGAAUUUUACAAUAAAAGUAAAUGAUAUAGAAAAAAACGUUAAAAUAAGAGUGAUAGAUGGGACCUCACGAACGGUAUGUCUGUGUAUAACUAUGUGCAUGUGAGUACACAUGUGUUAUUUUGAUUAAUAAUAAUAUAUAUUUUCUUAUUUUUACAGAAUGGAGAUGAAAUAGCAUCAUCAUCAUCAUCAUCGUCAGCAUCAUUAUCAUCAUCAUCAGGAUUAUACAUUGUGAGACGAAUUCCUCCUAAAUGGUCGCUGACGGAGGCACAAAAUAGUAAAGAGUUAUAUAUCGAACCACGAGAGCUUCGAGUUCGUCGGGAGACAUCAUUGAUGUUUGAUG